CCUACUAGGUUGCGAACCUGUAUGUAAGACCGUGGUAGCGCCUAACUGCAAAAACAGAUCUUUCUCAAAAUCACAAAAACAAUGUGAGGUCGAAGUAGAGAAUAAGGCUACAUUUCACCUUCUUCCGAAAAAUAUUGAGAGGCGUAGGAUAUGGCUUGAUACGAUAGUGUUGACGAACACAAGCGUGCCAAAGUAUGCUUAUUUAUGUUCAUGUCAUUUUUCACCGGAAUAAUUCGAUCGAACAUCUGCCUUCAAAGUUAGGCUGAAAGACGAUGCUAUUCCAAAUAUACGAUGCUAUUAACCUGACGUUCAUCAACAUUGAAUACUGUAAUGGCUGAAAUAGAAGCUGCGGAAGGCUCACAGUCAACCAUAAACCUUCUCGAUGAAAAUCUGUUUGAAUUGCGCUGUCUACUCAAAGCUGGUGAAAUUUCUCACAGUGCCCGGUCUGAGAUUGGCAGAAAGCAGCUUUUGGCGUUCACAACGGGGAAUGCCGACUUAGUACUUCAUUAUCAACCAGAUGUUGACUGCCCACCAAUCGUCAAGAGAAUUCCGUGGUUUCAAGGAUCCUACAAACGAAUCUCAGCCCUUUGUUUCGAUCCUUCUGGAUCUUGGCUCCUUACCGCUAGUAUCGAUGGCUCUUUGUAUAUUGUACCCGCUUUAGCUUUGGUUGAUGAGAACACGAGCCUAGAUCACAGAUGGGCUACGAACGAUGUUACAUCAUUCUCUUCACUAAAUACUCAGUCUUCAUAUGCCAGACCUAGUGCAUUGGUAUGGUGGCAAGGAGUUGUGGAUUGCAGCCAUGUUGGUAUUAUAGGAACAGAACAUGGUGAAAUUGUGCUCGUUAAUCUAGAGAAUGGUUGUCAAGUUGGACUGACGAAUGUCACAGGGAAUGUAGCCAAUCUUCACAUUUGUCAGGAUAGCAGUCUUGAUGUAGUGUCACUUUUAAUAACGAACCAAACCCACCAACAGUGGAGGUUGAUCUUGGAACAGCGUACGAACGGUUACGUGUAUCCUUUGGAAGGUGGCAAACCUUUCCACAGAUCCAAUCCUCUAUUACAUUCAAGUGGAGGCCUAAGUGACGAAGUGAAAAACUUUCCCACCACUAGAUCUCGACUUCAAGGACUCAAACAACUUUCUGUUGAGAAACUCGCUAUACUAAAACAAAAGUUGGCUGAGACUAGAAGUCGCAGUUUAACGGGAUCCUCGGCACGACGUGACAGCAGCAGUAGUAGCGGAACUGAUGAGACAAUUACGGUUGGCCUAAGUAGACAUUUUUCGGAGAGAAGAGAAGAUUUGCUUAAUCCAGAAUUGGUACCUCGAGAUAUGUUUCUUACACCUCAGUACACUCGUCAGGGUCAGCAUCUGUAUACCGGUUAUCAUCCACCAACUAACCAUCUCACUAUCCAUGAGACCGAAGCUUCUAUGGUGCCUCUAUAUGUGCAUAAGAUGCCAUCGUUCUGCCACAACAUAUUACUCACUCAGCGUCUAUUUUAUGUAACCGACGUUCAUCAAAAAUCUCUCCUUAUUAUUUCGUGCCCUUUAUCUGAAACACGGAUUGGUGGUGAUACAGAGUUUAAUCCUGAGUCAGUGAUAGGACGAUUUUCUUUUGCGAGAAAUAAUGAAAUCAUAGACAAAGUGUACAGAGUAACCGAUUUUAAAGUUACAACAACAAAGGAUACCAGUGGGAAUAGUGAGAAUCAGUACGGCAUUCCCAAGAAGGUGGAGGACAUCAAAGCAGAUAUUCCCCUUGUCGAUACUUGCAUAAUUGUUACCAAUUUUGCUAUAUACAAAAUCGAAGUCAGGAGACCAUUGCUAUCAGUUUUCAUGGAUCUAGUUUUAAAACACAAGGAAUUGGAAAAAGCUGAAAGAUUGGCCUUAGUUUUCGGAAUGAAUCUGCAACAUCUAUUGGAAAAUGCGGGAGAUAUACUUUUGUCCAAUAAGGAAUUUUCGAGAGCUAUUGUCUUGUAUAAAUUAUCAAGAUGUCGAUUGUUGAAAAGUGUUCUCAAAUUUGCAUCGGCUGGACAUACAACAGAAUUACUAAGUUAUGUUACUGGUUGCUUAGUUCCACCAUCGGUCAUAGAGUUAUCAGUGACAACCAGAAUACAUUUGUCUAAUUUGAGUGUCAUGGCAUUUACAGAACUGACUCUACGAGCCUCAGCGCAACAAUCCAAUCAAACUCACAAACAAUUUUCAAAUUUUUUAGCUUCAAAUACUUUUUAUGACGAAGUUCUAGCAGUCAAUGUCGCAGGACAAACUGGGCUGUGGGAGGUUUUACAGCAGUUAGCUACUCAGAGGGGCCUUUAUCAUCAAGUUCUGGAAGUUCUUAUGAAGGUUGUCCGUUCAUUGAAUUUGAGUUCCUCUCAGCCUGCACAUCAUCAACUCGACUCUGGAUUAUUAAUGUGUCUAAGUGAAUCAGGAUUAAUUCAAGCAAUGCUAGUAUGUCCAAAUCUGGCCAAACAUCAUACAGCCUUUGUUCUUGCUAAUCUUGCUACAUUACAAUUGUUCGCCCUUCAGAGGUUGACUGCAUUGUAUGAUCCAACUAGUCCAGUAUUACGACCGUUGUUAAUCCGGUGCAGAGCUCGACAUCGAACUACAUCUCACAGCUCUCAAUCCAGUCAAUUUGAUUCUUUAGAUCUAACAGAAACUUUAGAUGAAGUUGGUGCACCAGUAGAGGAAUUUAUCGAGACAUUUCUUCUUAUUCUUCUAACUCUCAUUCAUAAAAAGUCUCCUGCGUUGAACUAUGAACCAAAACUGAUGCAUCGUAUACCAGUGUCUAAUACAGAAAGAGAUAUCGAUGACGUAAACUCUAAUGCAGACUUCAAACGGAGGGCUUUGAGUGCUGGAUUCUCUCAUGUAGCCCUCAUCAGAAAUAACAAUGUUUAUACUUGGGGAAAUGCUGCGCAAGGAUGUUUAGGAACUGGUCCAACGAUGUCUAGAUAUGGAUCUCCUCAGAUAAUUCCCACUUUUCAAAGUAUGAAGGUAGAAGUACUUAGUGUAUCGUGUGGUCGUUGUCACUCUUUGGCCGUGACUAAUAAUGGUAUAUAUGCUUGGGGCGCUAGUCAGUUUGGUCAACUUGGGCUUGAGAAAAAGCUUCAAUGUCCAAAUCCAGAAUUGAUUGUUACCUUGGCACACGAAAUUAUUGUCGAUGCAGUAGCUGGUCAGUAUCACUCAGUUGCAUUGACUAAAGAUGGAAGAGUAUUCACCUGGGGCUGGGGCGUGCAUGGCCAAUUAGGUCAUGGAAAUACCAUUGAAAAAAAUAUUCCAACCUUGGUUACCUCGCUCCUCGGGACUAUUGUAAGGCAAAUAAGCGCUGGCCAUGCGCACACUUUAGUACUAACUGCCGAUGGUGAUGUCUACUCGUUUGGUAGCAACGUGUUUGGUCAACUUGGGAAUGGGACUAAUAUUAAGUCUUCACUUCCCAUAAAAGUUACAUUGUUGCCAGAAAAAAUUUGGUUGAUCACAACUGGAUAUUUUCAAAAUCUGGCUGUUACUGCUACAAAUAAAUUGUACACAUGGGGAGCUAGUCCCCAGGUCUUGCGGCUGCAAGCACAGGCACAAAAGAAGGCUAGAAUACUUCAGCAACGGGUAGCUUCGGAUAAAGUUACUCAAUAUAUUGAAACUCUUGAUAAGUAUAAUGAAAUUGCACAAGACAGUGACUCAAUUGCACAAUCCGAGCAAAACAAUGCACAAAUUAAUGAAACAGAAAAUUCAAAUGAAGAUUCAACUAAUACCACAGAGCAGUCAAAACAGACUGCCAGCAUCAAGUUGCCAACUAGUCCACGAUUGCGAGGCAUCAACGUCGGGGCCAUUGAAGAAGCACAAACUCAUUUGCAACCUUCGUUAGUUGACACGAGCUCAGUUUGCGGGCAGAUAGUACAGAUAUCAACUGGAUGCCAUCAUUCUUGUCUUUUAACAAAGGAUGGGUCAGUUUACGUAUGGGGACGAAAUUUGGAUGGACAGAUAGGCAAUGGUAGUCGGCGUGAAGUAACGAUUCCCAUGCCCCUCAGCUAUAAUCCUAUUUCUUCCACACCUAAGGUUCCACCACGACAUAACGGCUACAAAGCAAAUGAAAAACGGCAGAGUCCAGAUACAGAUAAUGGGAAUGCCAAUGGUGGAGGAAAUCAUAAUGAUGGCAGAUCAAAUUAUGUGCCGACAAAUGGGAAUGAAGAUGCCAGAAGAGAUGAAGCUAAUCGAGCCAUCAAAGCAGUUAGCCUUUGUUGUGGUUGUGAUUAUACUGUCGCCAUGCAACCAGGAGGGACUGUUCUUGCAUGGGGAAGUAAUAAUACCGCGCAAUUGGGUCGUCCUCCAGUAGAAGAUUCGCGAGGUGUUGAGAGAAAACUGGUUUUGCUCAAAUCGUCAAGACGAAUUGUUCGAUUGCCACAUGCUGCUCACUCAACUCUAGAUACUCCUAGUCAAGUUCCUAAUAUUCCUACUCCUGUUAUUUCUUAUCGAAGUUAUGACGUCACACCGUUGGCUGGGCUUGUGCAACCAUUGACUGUUGUGGAAAAGUCGUUAGGAGAAACGACCUUACAUUAUAUACUGGAAAGGCUGAACGGAUUAUAUGAUAGUGCCAAAAUAAUGGAUAAGUGUAUUCAACUGGGAAAUUAUCAAGCCGCUUCAAAGAUUUCUCUACUGGAGCAUAAUUUUACGGAUGCUCUCUCACAUCAAUUGAAAAUGUUGAACACCUCUCACCUAAAAUUGUACAAGUUUUCAUACAAGUGUGAUCGAAACCAAGUCGAAACUGAUUCUUCUGUCGACUUGAACGACAUGGCAAAAGCAGUAGGAAAUUCGCUAACAUCCGAUGCGCAGACUCGACAUAUCAAGGAAAAUACCGAACUGUUUGAUAAACACAUGGAACAAAAUUUAGUCGAUACUUUAGAAGAAUCUGAAGAGAAGAAAAAAAUGAAAAUGUCUGCUAGCAGAUCUUUAGACAGCUUUCAGUCACUGGAACAAGAGUUAUACACGUUUGAUUGUCAAGGAGGCUCAGAAGAAUUGUGCGAAGAUUCUAAAAGCGAGGAUAUUUCAUUAGACAUUACUGAAGAUGCUCUUGACAGUGUGUAUGACGAGCAGAAAAAGAAUACUUUUUCAGAAAAUGUUCCAGCAUUUGUGAAGAAUGCUGCUCAGGCUGGGGAAAAUUCUUUACCAAAUCUGUCUGAUUUGACUUCUGCUCCAAGAAUGUCGGAAGAGCUCGAUUUUAUAACGAGAAAUUUGAAUCAUCAGAAGAAUGCGAACUGUGCUACUGUUUCAGAAGAUGAACAAUUUUUAGCCCAAAAAAAGAUUAAUGUUAUUAAUAGAAAUAUUUUAGGGAAUGAGGCUAAAGGUAAUCAAGAAAACGCCAUAGUAUCUGAAGCUACAAGCAUUGUAGAGUUUUAUGUCAGUGAAAUUGAAGACGAAUCUCAUGCUACAAUGCGAGAGGUUCUACAGAUAGCCAUUGAGUUCUGGAUCAAACACAAUUUGCCGAUAGAAAAUUUAGAAAAUAUAUUACUGCGGCAUAUGAGCAAGUUUUUUUACCCCCUCGGCCUAUUAUUGUUUUGUCAGCACAAUAUGGAUGAAGCCGCUGUUCAAAACCAAGGCGAAACAGAAGCGAAUAGUUUGACCAUGAUGAACUCUUUGUCGACAAAAUUCUGUCUACAGGUCUGUUCCACUCUACUGAGGCACAUAGAUCAGGGUAAACCUACACCAGAAUAUGUAGAAUUAUUGUCACAGCUUUCGGCUAAACAUUACGGUCCUCCCUUCACUGGAUAUCCAGGUUCAAAUGGUAACAAAACUCCAGAACAGAUGAUCGAUGGAGUCAUCAGCACAAUAUCUUCGGAAGAAUGUGAUUCUAGGCCGUUUAUACAGGUCCAGGCUCCAGACGACGUUUCUAGUUUUCUUGAAACUGAUGAAGAUAUGAUGGUAUUCACUUGUGGUCAUCAUUUUCCUGUAUCUACGUAUCACUCAGAAAUUAUUCCAAGGAUGGAGGCAGAACUUUUGACGUCUGAAAUUUCGCCGCUGCCACACACUGUUCAGUUCUUGAGUGAUCUACUACGACGGCCUGGCAAAGUAGAUACUAUCUGUCCAGUAUGUAUACCACCUGCUCUUCAAAAAGUGGUAAAAACUGUACCUAAAAAUUAAGUAAGUAGUGUAUUUAUAUGCUAUUCAAAAAAAAAAUAGUAAAACAUUGAAGGGUUGGAAUUUUCUUUUGGGAGGAUAUGACUUUA